AAGGUUACGAUGGAACCGCGCUGUCGUUUUCAGCUCCCCAUUCAAACCGCCAAAGAGCUGAGAAGAGCAUUGUCUUCCUCAAUUCGACAGAGAAGAAUACCGUCCACGGGAGAUGGGUAAUUACUCAGAGGGCCACAUUUGCCAGUGCCUCAGCCUCCUCGCAACCGCGAGGCGUAAUGCCGUCGUCACAAUCACCGGCGACCGGCAAAAGACCGGAGAGCAAUUUGUGGAGGAAGUGUUGUGUUUGGCUCGUGGGCUGCUCGAACUCGGCCUCCGCGCCGGUGACGUUGUUGCCAUAUCUGCUUUCAACAGUGAUUUGUACUUGGAGUGGUUACUAGCCAUUGCAUUUGUUGGAGGAAUAGCUGCUCCUCUAAAUUACCGAUGGAGCGUAGAAGAGGCAAGAUUGGCAAUGCUGGUUGUGAAGCCAAUUAUGCUGGUUACUGAUGAGAGCUGUCAGCGCUGGUAUUCAAUCCUCCAAAACACUGACGUACCUUCCCUGAGGUGGCAUGUUUCUUUGAAUUUCCCCUCCUCAGAUUUCAUGAAGACAUGGAAUGUAUUAACUACUGAAACGCUCAAGAAGUAUUCUAUGAGGUCUCUACCACUGAACUAUUGCUGGGCACAUGAGGGUGUUGUUAUAAUAUGCUUCACUUCAGGUACCACUGGAAGGCCAAAGGGAGUUACCUUGAGCCAUACUGCUUUGAUUAUACAAUCCCUAGCAAAAAUUGCGAUUGUCGGUUACGGUGAGAAUGAUGUUUAUUUGCACACUGCACCAUUGUGCCAUAUCGGUGGUCUUUCAUCAGCCAUGGCCAUGCUAAUGGUUGGAGGUAGCCAUGUCAUAAUACCUAAGUUUGAGCCUAAAUCAGCCCUCAAAGCCAUAGAGCGAUACGCAGUGACUUCUCUAAUCACAGUCCCUGCAAUCAUGGCUGAUAUAAUUUCUUUAAUCAGGCAGAAGGAAACUUGGAAAGGUAAGGAGACUGUGAACAAGAUAUUAAACGGAGGCGGGGGACUGUCAAUUGAGCUUAUCAAGGAUGCCACCUUAUUCUUCCCAAGAGCUAAGCUUUUCUCAGCUUAUGGGAUGACAGAGACAUGCUCUUCGCUAACCUUUAUGACACUCUAUGACCCAACAAUGGAAACCUCCAGUCAGCACCUUCAGAAAGUUGCAAAUACUAGAUAUACUUUGGUUCACCAAUCACAGGGUGUUUGUGUUGGAAAGCCUGCACCCCAUGUGGAAUUAAAGAUAUGUGUAGAUGGCUCUUCUCCUGUUGGAAGAAUUUUAACUAGAGGUCCACAUGUAAUGCUCAGAUAUUGGGGUCAAAUUCCAGAGAAGGCAUCUGACUCCAGCAAUGAAAGUUGGCUUGACACAGGUGAUGUUGGGUCCAUUGAUGAGUAUGGUAAUCUAUGGCUCAUUGGACGAGUAAAUGGUAAAAUUAAGAGUGGAGGAGAGAAUGUUUACCCCGAAGAGGUGGAAGCAAUCCUAUUACAACAUCCAGGAGUGAUUGUCAUUGUCAUUGUGGGAAUUCCAGAUGCUCGCCUGACAGAGAUGGUUAUUGCUUGUAUUCAGUUGAGAGAAAAUUGGUAUUGGUCUGACAAAAGCUUAAAACACUCAGCUGAAAAUAAAGGGCUAGUUUUAUCCGGUGAAAUUCUUCGGCACUAUUGCAGAGAAAAGAAUAUAACUGGAUUCAAGAUACCAAAGACAUUUAUUUUAUGGAGAAAACCGUUUCCAGUCACGACGACCGGGAAAGUAAAAAGAGACCAAGUUCGAAGAGAAGUUAUGUCUCACCUGCAAUCCUUGCCUAGCAGUCUGUGACUAUCUCACUUGUUUAGUUUUUGGUGAAAUCCCACCAUCCAUUGGUGUUUUGCGGCAAGAUUCGAUCGUCCCUUGGUAUUUUGCGGCGAGAUCCGACUGCCCCUUGGUAUUUUGCGGCGAGAUCCGACCCCGCCCUUGGUGUUUUGCGGUGAAAUCCGACUACCCAUGAUGGUCUACAAUGAGAUUCAACCAUCUGUUGCAGUCUUCCGGCAAGUUUUCAAAAAAGAAAAAUCAAACACAAACUCAAGAUUCCACAAAUUUUCACCUUGAGUUUGAGGGAAAAUGUUAGAGUACAUCAGGAGUUCAAGAAUCCAAGGUACAGUUGAAAAACUGUGACCUAUCUACAGUUAAAGUCUAUCACAUAGUCACAGUUAAAUACUAUUAUCUAGUUAUAGUUGAAGUCUAUUUGUAUUAUAUAAUUCUCCUAUAAAUAGGAGCAUCUUAUAUUGUAAACAUUACUCAAAGAAAUAAGAGCAAAAUGCAGCAAUGUGGGCUUUAUCCUAUGAACGUAGGUCAUAUACCAAACCACAUAA